AUGGAUCGUGCUGAGGAAUCUGCGCCGAGCUCAGAUCUCGAACCGGCCGAGCGCGUGCGCCGGGCGGUGCGGCGUAUCAGGCGCGGUGAGGACUCCGAAGAGAGCUUCCGGGUGAUCUUCGAUGUCCACCAUCGGGCGGUGGCGGCAUUCUUCGCUCGGCGGAUUAGUUCGCCCGAAGAUCGUCUCGACCUAACCCAAGAGACCUUCCUGCGAGUCUAUAAAGGACUGAGAGGCUUUCGCGGCGACGCUCCGUUCGGUGCCUGGCUGUUUACGAUUGCCCGCAAUGUGCUGCAUCAGCGCCUUGCCAAGCAACGCCAGACCGACCGUCAGAUCGCCUGGGAGGAAGACGACACCAAGCCGGCCGCUCCGCAGUCGAUCGUCAAGGAAGAUCCGGUCGAGGAUCUGGUCGCGGCUGAGAAUCGGCGCAAGUUGAAGCAUGCAGUCCAAGACCUGCCGCCACAACGCCGAGCUUGCAUCGUCCUGAGGAUUUAUCACGAGCUGACCUACGAGCAGAUCGCCGGAGUAAUGCGGCUGUCGGUCGGAACCGUCAAGGCGCACCUGGCUCAGGCGCGCAAGCAGCUCGAGAUGUUGAUUACCGAAGGGGAUCGGAUCUGA